AUGGAACAAGUCUACAAUCAAGAUGCUAUUAACGGUAUACUGUAUUUUCUUCAUUCCAAAAAGUUUAGUCCAUUUGACGCACAUGGAGAACUCAUGGAUACAGUUGGCAAGGAAGUGAUGUCAGUGGAAGAAAUCGAAGAGUUUUAUGAGAAGAUUGAACGUGGAGAGUACAAUUUGAAGCAGAAGAAGGAGGUGACGUUGGAGAGGAUUCUGAAAUUGCCGAAUUUCGUACCGAAAUAUGUUAAUGUUGAAACGCGACUCCGUCUCCGAAAAACCUCUUUUGGUAUCCGAGAUUUUCUGGACAACGAAACUUAUAAUAUCGACAAACUGACAUAUGAAUACGGCAGUGACUACAUCAAGAUUUCGGGCGAUGAAGCGUUUGCUGUGAAAUAUGAAAACAUUGACGGCGGGAUUCUUAUGAGAAACAAUGGAAAUUUGCAGCUGAUUCAAGAAAAAUCUGAAGACAAAAAGAUUGGAAUUGUUCAGUCAGACUUGAUGGCUAUUCUAAGGCAUGAGAAGCUUCGAAUCCAAAUAUUGAAACUCCAAAAGAGAUUAACUUCGGACGAUGGAAAUUAUGAGUUCGGAGAAGACGUUUUAAAACGUGCGUUUUCUCAACUAAUCCAACAGCUCAAAGUCAGAAAAUUGAUCUCUGGAACUGAUGAGUUAGUUCUUGUAAUGACAAAAAUGGACCCAAGUUAUCUGCAAUCACUUCGCCUUACCGAAGUUCAUACUACCAAUUAUUUCAAAGAAACAAUAUAUGGACUGCCGCAAUGGAAGAAUCUGAAAAUAAUGCACGUCAACAAUAAUUUGUCCAGUGUUAGAGAUAUUAUCGAGAACUGGACACAUUUCCGCGUUGCUCGGCUGAAAUUUGAUUGCCUUAGAGUUAUUUUGAAGAACGAGUUUGUACAUGAUGGUGUCAUAGAAUUGAUAAAGAAACUUCGCGGUAGCCCCAACCUCCGACAAUACCGGAUACAACUCCAUCGUAUUUCCGUUGCCGAAUACAAUAAAAUUCUUGAGACUCUCCGGACCGGAAUCUUCACUAACAAGAAGUCGAACUUAGGCAAUUUCGAGUAUCCAAGAUCAAGCGGAACGGUGGAGAUGGUCGUAACAAGGAAAAGUAUAUGGUUUGAGGAACAAAGUGUGUCGGGAGAUUGGUCGGAGGAAGAGGAUGAGGAUUAUGAAACCAUGCCGCAAAAUUUCAGUCAGGAAGAUCUCAAUGGAGAAGUGGAGGAGAAGCCAGAAAUGACGAUGGCAAAGGUUUUUAAUGUCCCAGGCUUUGCUGAGCAAUACUUGGAUAUUCCAACGAGACUCCGCCUCCGGAAAACCUGCAAAACCAUCCGGGAAGUGGUCAAUGAAAUGCCGCUUUGUAUAGAUUGCUUCCGCUACAAAUGCAAUGGACAAUUUCUAGAGAUAUCAACAAAUAAAGACUUCAAGGAUUUGAUGGCAAUUCUUUGUAGUGAGAAGCUGAGAAUUGACACUUUAGAAAUCGAAGACGAUCGGACAUCUGGUUGGGAGCCUCCAAUAGGAUUGAGAGCACUACGAAACACUUUCAACCAAGUGCCCAACAAACUGAAGAUCACCAAUUUGGAAUAUUGUGUUUUAGACGAGAGUGAGGAAGACUUUUAUAAUCUGGAACAAUGGAAACGUUUGAAAACGUUGAAUCUUCAAUCUCCGGGCCUUGCAUUAUCGGACAUUAUCAAAUUUUUCACACAUGUAGAGAAUUCUCAUUUGGAGAUUCACAGUUUCUAUGGUGUCAAUGAAAUUUCGAAACACGAUGAAGUCAUGCAGAUAAUAGAGAAACUCCUUCAAAAUCCCAAUCUGGAGCAGUUCAUAAUAGAAGCAAGCUAUGGCCUGAAGAGUUUAGACAUUGCAUAUAUCGACGCAAGUCUCCGACAAUACGACGUCAACUGUGAUCCGUGGGUUGACAUUCCCUACCCGGAUUCUGAUAAGAAAUUGAUGAUGUGGGUGGAGACGAAUAAGAUAUGGUUCAAGGGACCGUGUUUUGUGGAGGAAGAGGAUAGUAGUGAUGAGGAUGAAGAUGAAGAGGAGACCGAAGACGAGGAUGAAGAAGAUGAUAGGAUGAGGGACUAA